UGUUCUUUAGCAGGGGCCCCUCCCCCGCCAAGUUCUCCGCGCUUGCCAUGGCGUGGAGCUUCGUGGCCUUGACGUGAAGGGUUCACCAUUGGCGUCGUCGAGAUGGCUGCCCCAGAGGAUGCUUUCCCACCUUUACCGCGCACCAAGCUGCAGCAGAGGAAGCCUGAGACUCCCAUCCUCCUGAAGGCGGCGCCCACGCGGCCGAACGAGCCGGUGGAAGCGGCGGAAGUGGAUGGCCCCUCGCAGGAAGCCAGCUUCGCGCCAGGCGAGUCCAGCACGGCUGCACCAGCGGCGGUGGUGGGGACCGCGACCGCACUGCCGGAGCUCGACGGCAUGGUGAUGUUGGCCUUGAAGAGUCCCAAGGAGCGGAGCUUCUUGCUGAAGCUCGAGAGCCAUAUCAUCAACAACCUCCAGAGUGGGACCAUCGAGCGCAUCAAGCUCACCACGCCCAUGCCUCCGAAGCAUCGGAAGUUGGUGCACAUGGUCUCCGACUACUUCGGUUUGCACAGGAUCGUGGACAAGGAAGAAGGUGAGGAGAAGAAGGCGACCAUGACUUUGUUGAAGAUGCCUCAGACACGCAUUCCCGCACGAAGUCUCUCUGUGAUUUGCACUGAGCUCGACGACGAGGACCGGCCGCCUGCGCCGGUGCAGCCGGUGCUGCAGGUGCAGCGGAAAGUCGCUGAAGGCGCCGUGGAGGAAGGCGCAAGUGAAGCGCAGGCGCCGCCACAGGUCGAGGAGCCGAGCCGUUCAAAGCCCUCCUGGGCGGAGGUCGCUGCCAAGCUGG